GCUAAUUCUGUAGUAUUGUAGGUUAGUCCGCGUUCAGCUUUAGUAGCUCACUCGUUGAUAAGAUCCAGGCUCAUCAGUCAGCCGGCGAAUGCUGCCGAGAGCGUCGUCGAGUUUGGCAGAAGUUCCAAGUGCUAUAGGCACCGAUCAUUAGGUCCAGUAGAGUUGGCCGAAAAUUCGGUCAGAACAUUCCACGUACGCUCAGAUCAAUCCGGUUCGGUAUCAACAGUUCUCCGAAAGAGGAUGAUAGUGGCAGCGCUGGAGUGGUCUAAUUAGUGACGGAUGAUAGUUUAGUGAGAGAUAGUAUUCGCGGUAGUCAAGAGGAUCGGGAAGAAAUUGUACUCAAAAUGGGUAACGAGACGGGUUCUAGUGCGCGUUCAGUAUUAUGGUACUUGGUGUUCGUUGGGUUUGCGGUGAACUACAUGAUACGAAUCAACUCCAAUAUCACGAUCGUUACCAUGGUCAGGUCAGGUGGUGCGAAAAAAGCGCAAGUUGAAGAAGGACCGGAGUUGAGUUCGGCGAUGACUUUGAAGCAGAAUCAACCGAGGAUGUAUGCUUGCUAUGUGGAGAGGAACGAAUCCGAUGUUUCAACGGGAGCAAGUUCGACGGGUGGGAAUCGUCCAGCAGGGAGAAUGCGAAGUGAACCUAAUUGGGUGUCACCGGAGAAAUGGUUACUGAAUGCAUUGCAGCUUGACACCAAAGACGACGGCUUCGAAUGGGAUGAAUACGAGCAAGGAUUGGUGUUGGGAGCUUUCUUCUGGCUUCACUGGUUGACCCAGGUGCCUGGAGGUGUACUGGCGCGCAAAUACGGUACCAAGAUGGUGUUCGGAGUUGCCAAUGCCGUCGGAUGUUGGUUAUGCUUCCUGAUGCCGCUCGCGUCCUAUCUGGACUACAGGUUACUGAUUUUCCUGCGCGCCCUUCAGGGUUUGAUAUGUGGAGUAUCGUGGCCGGCAAUGCAUCACAUGGCAGGCCAGUGGAUUCCACCAAACGAGCGUAGCAAAUUCGUCACCGCCUACUUGGGUAGCUCCGUGGGAGUUGCUUUGUUCUUCCCUCUAUUCGGGUACAUCAUCUCCUGGACUUCAUGGGAGUACGUAUUCCACUUUUGUGGAAUCUUCGGUACAGUUUGGUAUGUCGCAUGGCUAUACUUUGUGUACGACUCACCAGCGGAACACCCACGAAUCCAUCCCAAGGAGCGAGAGUACAUUGAAAGUUCUUUGGGCAUUACGGAGAAAUCCAAGGAACAGGAACGUGAAGAACGAACACCGUGGAUGAAAAUGAUCUUCUCCAAGGCGAUGUGGAUGACGGUGAUUGCUCAAUGGGCCGGCAUCUGGGGGCUGUUCACGGUGAUGACGCAAGCUCCGAGCUACUUCAAUUACAUCCAUGGCUGGGAUGUUAAAAUGACGGGAAUCUUGUCCGGAAUUCCCCAUCUCUGUCGAAUGAUCUUCGCGUACUUCUUCUCCAUGGUUGGAGAUUAUCUUCUGCGCCAUAACCUUAUGUCUCGAACUAACGUUCGCAAAAUGGGUGGCGCCGUCUGUUGUUUAGUCAACGGAAUGUUUGUGCUAGCUUUGGCCUAUAGUGGAUGUGACUCAAUGUCGGCCAUCGUAUUCCUCACCUUGGCCACGAUGGUACACGGAGCUGUGUCCACCGGACCACUCGCAAAUAUCAUCGACAUGAGUCCCAAAUACGCCGGCAUCCUGCUGGGUAUCAGCGGAAUGAUUACCGUCGUUCCAGGAUUCGUCUCACCGAUUUUGGUGGGAAUUCUUACUCUGGGCAAUCAAACAGUCAAACAGUGGGAGUAUGUAUUCCUCAUCACCGCUGGAAUGCUCAUCGUGUGCGGCAUCCUCUACACACUGUUUGCGGACGCCACGCUGCAACCGUGGAAUACUGGCGCCAACGAGGACGCCCAAGAUGCGCGCGAGUUGGUUAGCUUGAAGCUGGACGUGGAGCAGGCCAUGUUAGAGAAAGAACGGGAAGCUGCUGAGUUUGUUCAGGAAGCGGUAACCGCAGAGCUUACCGAUGAUGGUGAUAACAAUAGUAAGGAUCCGAUUGGUGCAGUAUUAGCGCGAUGAGCUUUGUUCAAUAAAGCAGUAUAUUUGCGUAAAAAUGUC